UGCACACAGGUCACCUUUUGCUGUCUUACCAGCCAGCUGAGGCAGAUAAAGCUUUCCUGUGUCUGCUCCGCUGCCAGGCUCUUCACUACAGUGUUACCCGUUGGAAUAGUAGGGGGAGGGAGGGCUAGGGAGAGAGGAGACAUUGCAGCAUUGACCAAUCUACAAGACCAGGGUGGGCUCCUCGGCUGCAGCAGUGCGGCGAAUGCCACAGAAACUUCUCCUCUCAUCUCCUCACCACCCUGCAACCAGAAUGAGGCACCAAAAGGAUAAAUUAGCUACACAUUAACCUCCCAUGUAUUGGAUAAUUGCUUGUCUACCCUGCGAUGCCAGAGAAUUAACCCUAUGUGGCUUGGUUUCCAGUUCACUGCAUGGGGGAACGUUGACCUACAACCCAUCAGUCAUGAUGGUCCAGGAGUAUCCUUCAGAAAGUCCAACCGUUUUUCGGACAUAGCCAUGAACAGCUGCAGAUACAACGGGGGGAUCCCAAGACCCCUCAGCAGCCUAAGCUCCUCCAGGAGAAAUCUCCAUGAGGCAGACCCAGAGACCCAACCCCUGCAGACCUUACACAGUCCAGGGAUUGAAGUGGUAGUGAGCAAAAACGACCCAAUCAAAUCAUCACACCGCAGCCUACGAGGAGGGGAUGAGGGUAGCCACGGAAGUCACCGGGGCCAAAAGAAAAACCAAAACGUCGGCUACAAAUUGGGUCAUCGCAGAGCCCUGUUUGAGAAGAGGAAACGGCUCAGUGAUUACGCACUUAUAUUUGGGAUGUUUGGUAUUGUGGUCAUGGUCACCGAGACAGAGCUAUCCUGGGGGGUCUACACUAAGGAAUCCUCUUACUCAUUUGCACUGAAAUGCCUUAUCAGCCUCUCAACUGCUAUCCUGCUUGGACUCAUUGUCAUGUAUCACGCCAGAGAGAUCCAGCUUUUUAUGGUGGAUAAUGGAGCGGAUGACUGGAGAAUAGCCAUGACCUAUGAACGGAUAUUUUUCAUCACUCUAGAGUUGACUGUGUGUGCCAUUCAUCCUAUUCCUGGACAGUACUCCUUUACCUGGACAGCUCGUCUGGCCUUCUUCUAUACCACCUCUGUAGCCAAUGCCGACAUAGAUAUCAUCUUAUCCAUCCCUAUGUUCUUGAGGCUCUACCUAAUUGGACGUGUGAUGCUCCUCCACAGCAAGCUCUUCACUGAUGCAUCUUCGAGGAGCAUAGGCGCCCUCAACAAGAUCAAUUUCAACACACGCUUUGUAAUGAAGACCCUUAUGACCAUCUGUCCGGGUACAGUUCUUCUGGUUUUCAGCAUCUCAUCCUGGAUCAUUGCAGCAUGGACAGUCCGAGUAUGUGAAAGGUACCAUGACAAACAGGAGGUGACCAGUAACUUCCUGGGUGCCAUGUGGCUGAUUUCUAUAACGUUCCUGUCAAUUGGUUAUGGAGACAUGGUGCCUAACACAUAUUGUGGAAAGGGAGUCUGUCUACUAACUGGCAUUAUGGGUGCAGGCUGCACAGCUCUGGUUGUUGCCGUUGUUGCAAGAAAAUUGGAACUCACCAAAGCUGAGAAACACGUACACAACUUUAUGAUGGACACACAACUUUCAAAGCGGGUGAAAAAUGCAGCUGCCAAUGUGCUCAGGGAAACGUGGCUCAUUUAUAAAUACACAAAGCUUGUGAGAAAAAUUGACCAUGCUAAAGUACGCAAACAUCAGCGCAAGUUCCUGCAAGCAAUUCACCUAGCACAGAAGUUACGAAGUGUGAAAAUGGAACAGAGAAAGCUCAAUGAUCAGGCCAACACUUUGGUGGAUUUAGCAAAGACGCAGAAUGUGAUGUAUGACCUCAUGUCUGAACUGCAAGAACGAAAUGACGAUCUUGAGAAGAGGAUCAUGACCUUGGAGACCAAGAUUGACUCCCUGAAUGGUACUCUUCAUGCUCUUCCAGGGCUUAUAGCUCAGGCUCUGCUCCGAGAGCAGGGAGAACUCUUCCUCCUGCGGUCCCACAGGCCUUUUCCCCCUUCCAACAGCUCGGACAAUUCAUGGAGCCCCCCUCGGAGACGUACCUCUCCUUCCACUGCCCCUCACACCUCUUCAGAUAGCGGCUGAGGAGAGAAGAGGACAGCUGGAAUUCAGGGUGGGAGUGGUGGAGUGAAGACCUAACAAGCUCACCUUUUAUCCAUAGCCACUAUGUGGUUUAAUUAUGUCAGCUUUUUUUCUUAAAAGCCUUGGAUAUUUGUUAACCCCUGAGGGUUCUUUGAAAAUGCUGGAGUGAAAGUUCUAUCAAAAAUGAAAAAGAAAAUAUAAAAAUGUUUGUGUAAACACGCACACGCGAGUACGCGCAUGGCGCGAUUAUCUCUCUCUCUGUUACAGGGUGAUCCUGCGCAGUGAUGGGGUAUAGUCCAGUCUAGAUAGAUUUCUAAAUCAGUCUGCUAAAGAAAUCUCCAAAUUGUAUUUAUUUUGUUUUAAAAUAGGUUUUUAAGGUUGUCUGCCUUGUGUUUUGUUACUGAUGCAAUUACCUUUGUCCUGAGGCUUGCAGCUUCAUGUUUUUAAAAACUGAUGGGCAGUCAGCCAUAUUUUUUUAAAUCCCCCCCCCAGCCAAAAGAAAAAACUGUGUAUGUACAUAAAGAUAUAUAAAUAGGAAUCGAGUUGAUAAAAAUAGUAUAGAUUUUAAAGAGCCACAUAUGAAUGAGAUGGGACUGCAUGUAACCUUGUUUUUGUCAGAGGAAAUUGCAACAUUCAUCUGGCAGGAAGGUGUUGAGUUGUUAGUGGACCAUUAAUUGGUCUUAAACGUACGUGUGUGUGUUUACAUAUAUAUAAAUAUGUAUAUAUAAGUAUAGCCAUAUAUAUUUAUAUAUACAUAUAUAGUAUACAAGAAAGCAUAACUCUGUAUUUUUUUAUACUUUUUGUUUCUGGAGUGGUGUAAUAUGUAGUAUGUCAGAGUUACUGCCCCACUGGGUGACAAGCAUUAUUGGACGAGGGCCAUGGUAAAUGGUGUGUGAGAUUGGUAUCUGGUUCUUAAAAAAUCUGUA